GUUCGGUUCAGCGGACUUAUGUCGCUCGAGACACCAAAAGAUACAGAAUCGCGCCGUCUAAUUACACCUACCGAACGCCAAUUAAUCAAUGAAUAUAUAACAAAGUGGUGUAUAUAUAAAGAGCUUCCCUUUGUGCACUAAUUGUGGGCAAUAACAAUAGUCGUUAAUAAAAAAGAAGUUCCAUAAAGCAGCCACCAAGUGGCGUCCUCGAAAAAAGCGACAGAAACGAGUUAUGAAAAUACAAAUUGUGGCCGUGCCAUGUGAGAAUGUGUGUUAAAAAUUGCUGAAGAAAAAAUAAAAACGAGUUGCUAUUGUUGCUAUUCCGAUCUGUGAUCGGUGAUCGACAAGCGCCAACUCGAAAAUUGGAUUGGGAAUAAGCCCCACAGCAAGAUUGUAGAAAAACAUCCAUCCAACGACACCCCAACACCUGAGAUAGCGACAACAUUUGGCGCUACAUGAAAUUUUAAUUAAAAAUCUGUCCCGAAAUAAAGUAAAAAUCACUUGCAGCGGCGAAAAGUUUGCGGGUAUCCGUCAGAUACUCGUUCGCUCGCUGCUCGCUGCACGAGUGUGUGUGAGUGCUCCUCCAGGUGUCGCCGUUGCCUGUGUGAGUGUUUGAUGUAAGCAGACGUGAAAUUGGAUUAACUUUGACAGACGCACGCCGGUUUUUAAUUACCACCAAAGACUUUUUUUGGAUUAACAGCGAAAAGUUGGACCAUCUCUCCGAGACAACAGACAGGAAAUUUAAGCCCGAAAGCAGCUCAACCAACGGAAUGGAAAAAAUGCUAGGCCACGCCGUUUGUCGAGCGUUGACAAUUUGACGCUGAGCUGACUGUCUGGAAGAAAGAAAACUCGCUUUUCCGGCUCUCUCGAGGCGCCUCCACGCGGAGCGAGGUGCAAGCGCAGAGAAGGAUAGAAAGGUGGAGCUCGGCACCACCACUACGGCACAACCCGAGGGGUUUCAAGUCACCCAAAAUAACUACACUAACACGCACAAAAUGAGCCACAAUCGACUGAAGGUCCUGGGGCAAGGACACGCCCUCUCACUCGUACUCGUCCUGAUCCUGACAUCCUGCAGAGCGGACGGACCGCAGCACAGUCCCGACCAUGGUCUAGGCAUGGGCAUGUCCGGACACGGCCUGGACGCGAGUCCGGCGCCAGGAUAUGGAGUUCCGGCCAUACCAAAGGAUCCCAAUCUGCGGUGCGAGGAGAUCACCAUACCCAUGUGCCGGGGCAUUGGCUACAACAUGACAUCCUUUCCCAACGAAAUGAAUCACGAGACCCAGGACGAGGCCGGCCUGGAGGUGCACCAGUUCUGGCCCCUGGUGGAGAUCAAGUGCUCGCCCGAUCUCAAGUUCUUCCUGUGCAGCAUGUACACCCCCAUUUGCCUGGAGGACUACCACAAGCCCCUGCCCGUCUGCCGGAGUGUGUGCGAGAGAGCGCGCUCUGGAUGUGCACCCAUCAUGCAGCAGUACAGCUUCGAGUGGCCGGAACGCAUGGCCUGUGAGCAUCUGCCCCUCCACGGUGACCCCGACAACCUUUGCAUGGAGCAGCCCUCGUACACGGAGGCUGGAAGCGGCGGCAGCUCGGGCGGAUCAGGAGGCUCCGGCAGCGGCUCUGGAUCGGGCGGCAAGCGGAAGCAGGGCGGAAGUGGCUCCGGUGGAAGCGGAGCCAGCGGCAGCGGCGGCUCCUCGAGCAGCGCCAAGUGCCGCGGACGCAAUUCAAAAAACUGCCAAAACCCCCAAGGAGAAAAGGCAAGCGGAAAAGAGUGCAGCUGCUCGUGCCGCUCCCCACUCAUCUUCCUGGGGAAGGAGCAGCUCCUGCAGCAGCAGGCGCAGUCGCCAAUGAUGCAUCAUCCGCACCACUGGUACAUGAACCUCACUGUGCAAAGGAUCGCCGGCGUGCCAAACUGCGGCAUACCGUGCAAGGGUCCGUUCUUCAGCAACGAAGAAAAGGACUUCGCCGGCCUCUGGAUAGCUCUGUGGUCGGGUCUGUGCUUCUGCAGCACGCUCAUGACCCUAACCACAUUCAUCAUCGACACCGAAAGGUUUAAGUACCCGGAGCGGCCGAUCGUCUUCCUCUCCGCCUGCUACUUCAUGGUGGCCGUCGGCUACUUGUCCCGGAACUUCCUGCAGAACGAGGAGAUCGCCUGCGACGGCCUGCUCCUGCGAGAGAGCUCCACGGGUCCGCACUCCUGCACCCUGGUCUUCCUGCUCACCUACUUCUUCGGCAUGGCCUCGUCCAUUUGGUGGGUCAUCCUCAGCUUCACCUGGUUCCUGGCAGCCGGCCUGAAGUGGGGCAACGAGGCCAUCACCAAGCACUCGCAGUACUUCCACCUGGCAGCCUGGCUCAUCCCCACGGUGCAGUCCGUGGCCGUGCUCCUGCUGUCAGCCGUGGACGGCGACCCCAUUCUGGGCAUUUGCUACGUGGGCAACCUCAACCCCGAUCACCUGAAGACCUUUGUGCUGGCCCCGCUCUUCGUGUUGGUGAUAGGAACCACCUUCCUCAUGGCCGGCUUCGUGUCCCUGUUCAGGAUUCGGUCGGUGAUCAAGCAGCAGGGCGGAGUCGGAGCCGGCGUCAAGGCGGACAAGCUGGAGAAGCUCAUGAUCAGGAUUGGCAUCUUCUCGGUGCUGUACACCGUCCCGGCCACCAUUGUCAUCGGUUGCUACCUGUACGAGGCGGCCUACUUCGAGGACUGGAUCAAGGCCUUGGCCUGUCCCUGUGCCCAGGUGAAGGGACCCGGCAAGAAGCCCCUCUACUCCGUGCUGAUGCUCAAGUACUUCAUGGCCCUGGCCGUGGGCAUCACUUCGGGUGUGUGGAUCUGGUCGGGCAAGACCCUGGAGAGCUGGCGCCGUUUCUGGAGGAGACUCUUUGGGGCGCCCGAUCGCACGGGUGCCAACCAGGCGCUGAUUAAGCAGCGUCCUCCGAUCCCACAUCCCUACGCCGGAUCCGGGAUGGGCAUGCCCGUGGGUUCGGCGGCGGGCUCGCUGCUAGCCACGCCGUACACCCAGGCGGGCGGCGCCUCGGUGGCCUCCACCAGCCACCACCACCUGCACCACCAUGUUCUCAAGCAGCCGGCGGCCAGCCACGUAUGACAUGGAGAGUCGGGGGGAGCAUCGACCAUGGGCGGCGGCACCCUCGGCGGCGGUGGCGGCGGCAGCACCAUCGGGGGCGGCACCCUGGGCGGCGGCAGCGUGCUGGGUCACGGCACGGCGAUGAGCAGCAGCACGGUCGGCAUGGGCCCCUGUCCUCCCCCCGGCACCAUGAUGCACGGAGCGAACGGUGGCAAUGGCGGCAAUCCGGGCAAUGUCUACGGCAAUGGCAACGGCAACGGCGGCGUGGGCGUGGGCGGGCAGAACACCGCCCCGGGAUCCGUGAUCGAUUCACGGGCCGUCUCCGUGGUGGUGACGCUGCCGGGCGGCCCGGGUGCCCAGCAUCCGGGUCAGGCGCUGAGCGACUACGGUCCCAUAUAGUUAAUGGUACGCCCGGACACCGCGCACUGGGUCUCGACCAGCAGCUUCAGUCAGCUGUAGCCGCUCAAGGUCGUCGAAUCGCACGCCCGGCCUCUGUCUCACUCGCACACUUAGGCUCUCGCUUGCACACAGUCUCUCUCUAUAUAUCUCCUUCUCCUUCUCGGUCUGCAUCUUCCCUAUCUCUGUAUCUCUUUCUCUAGUUAGCAAAGGUUUGAAGCAAUGCCAUAUUAAUUCGUGUAGCCGUAGUUUGUUUAUUAAGUGAAAAGCGCAACAAGGAUCCUGUUUCUAUUACCAAUUUCAAGUAUAUUCUGUGGAAUUUCAAUUUCGAAAAUAUAUAGAUUUUUUAACUAUUAGAUUCCAUUAGAUCUUGAGUUGAUCUUGAGAACGAAAUUGAUUUAAAUGAAGGUGUAUUUGGAUUGGCAUUAGAAACAGGGUCAAAACAAAGGCUUUAUAAUGACAAGAUGCUUAAGGGCCAUACUUUGAAGUAAGCAAAUGCGUAUAUAUGCGUACAGAUCUAGAAUGCUUACCAAAGUUUCAAGAGAGUCUAAAGUGGCGUUACUCACCUUGUCAUUAUAAGGUCCUUGUUCAUAAGAAAGCAUUUUAGAUGCGGUAAACAACCAUUAUGCAUACAAAGAUUCUAGUCCAAAAAAAACCUUUGUCUUCAAAAGCAGAUGAGCAGGUGAGCAGGCUUAGGCGUUGCGAGUCGGAGAUUCUCCUCCAAUAUAUAUUCGAUUAAAUCCAGUUGACGAAGCGCGUUUGUUCCACCUACCGUUCGCUGCUUUCCUAUUAAUGAAAAUAAUUUAAAAACACACACAUACACAUUUUUUUUUUUCCCUUCUAUGAACACACUUUCCUCAACGAAAUAGACUGAGAAACGCAAAAUCCAAUUAAGUAACCGCCACGUAGAGAACUCGGGGUAAAGUUAGGAGCGGAAUCUGCCCACACUGCCAAGUCAGAGCCACGAGCCAUAUUUCGAAAUUACAACUAACUUUUAAUCAAACUAACUACACUAUUAACCUUAACCUAAAGAUAAACAUUAAACAUAACGAACGCAAGCAAAAACAAAACAAAAAAAUAAUGAAAACAUUACAAAAAAAAAGAAGGAAGGAAACACAUUAAAUGCCCGUAGGAAGUUAGCUGCGAUUUUAGGGUUGUCGCAUUAUCAAAGAGCAGGCGGCCAGUGUUGCCAGAAACCAUUUGUAAAUUAUUUAACCUAACCUAAGGCAUUAUCGAACACUAGUUUUUGUAAAUAUUUUCCAAUCGCGCCUAGUUUGUAGUCGAUCUUUUUUUGUUGAGAGAUGAGGAGAACCGUGGAAUUAAUAUAGUAACUUGCAUUUCAGCAUCAAAAGCAACUCCGCAUUUAAGCUCAAACAUUGAAUUUAAUUUUUACAAAAACCCAAAAAGCAAAAUACUACCAAACCCGUAUUCCCCAUUCUCCAAACUAAUAUAUGAAUAAUAAAUAAAAUUGCCAACUUUUGCAGCCAUCGCAGGGCAUUUUUGCAUUUAUAAAAGCAGCAAAAGAAAACGAGAAAUUGUAUAAAGUUUAAACAUUUAUAUAAGAGUAUUAAAUUAAAUGUAAUCCUAGUUGUAAACGAAAACAGAAGAAAAUGAAAUAUCUAUCAAGCAUUAAAACCUAUUGUCUUUAAAUUUAAUAUUUAUAUUACGUGGUAGAAGCAACAAUUUAACUGUUGGCAUUUCAAACCAUUUCAAUACGAAACAAAACAAAAGGACGAAUGAGGAUGUUUGGAAGUAUAUAUUAUAAAGUAUAUGAUAUAGCUACAACUAUGUGUGUAAUGUUUUAAGCACCUAUAACUACUUCUAUAAACAAAAAUACGAAAAAGCUGUAAUAAAAAAAACAUUAUA